AUGAAAUUUGUUAACAAAAUGAAUCUCUCAGUAUUUAAAAUUUUCCAAUAAUGUCAAACAGAUAUUUAAUAAAUUUAGUUAGAUCUAUUAUUGGGUCUUUAUCUAAUAUAAUUAUUGACAGAAAUAAUAAAAUUCAAAUACAUAGCAGAAAAUAAUUUGGGUACUAUUGCUCUCUAAUUGAGAAGAAGACAAGAACGAUUUUUUUCUAGUAAAAACUAAUGGUUUCUAUAUCCCUCCAAAAUAUAAAUCAAAUAAAAUUAAGAUGUGAUAUAUAAAGGUUUUAUAGUUUUCUUUUCUUUAAACAUUCCGAAAAUUCGGAUAACAUUGAGAUCUAAGGAUAGUUAACCUUAAAUAUCUGUAAAUAGCGCAAUUACUAAGUGUAAAAAGGACUAUAAUAAUACCAGAAAAAAAUUCUCCAACUCUUUUCGGAGUCCAGAUUUGAUUUUUUUACAUUUUUGUUUGUUAAUUAUAAGAUUUGGCUUGAAAAAAUUCUUACACUCAAUCUCAUUUCUCUUUUGUAUAUUAUAACUAAAAUAAUAAUAACCCAUUCAAAAGCUAAACACUAUAAUUACUCCGUUAACCUUGGACUCUGUAAAUUAUCAUACCUAAAUAGAAUUUCUUAAAUUAAUUAUAUCUAUGUCUUUUUCUUUUUAGAUAUAGAAUGUAUUAGUUUUGGGAAAUACUUUUCAUCAUCUAAAAUGA